AUGUCGGAAAAGGCAAAGGGCAUCGUGUCGUUGCGCAAGAAGAAGACAACCAAACGUCCCCAGAUCAGCGCCCCUCGCCAGAUCGUCCACACCCAGCAGCUUGACUCGACACCCUCACUGCAUCCUCCACCGCUGCAGCACUCCCAGUCCUCGGAUACCGCCCCUCGCAGCAACAGCCAGACUAGCCAGGCCAGCUCGCAAGCUCCCCGUCCGAGACCAUCGCUAGGAGGUCCCGACCGUACCGCCGACCUAGUCAAACGCCGCUACUCGACUCGCUUCGCCAACUACCCCCAAGAUGCUGAGCGAGCUCCCUCUGUCCCGACCAUCCCACAACACCUCGCCCAGUCGCGGCCCAACCGCUCGCCCGACCGUCGCGGUGAACGUAUCCGAGUCGACGUCAAUGCCCUGCGCGACCCCGAUUUACAGCCCGACCAGUACGUGAGCAUCCUACUGCAAGACGCGAACGAGGCCGACAUCCACGCCUACCAACACGAACUGCGCAAGCUCAAGAACCGUACCUCGACCGACUUGCAACAUAACGUCUACCAGAACCGCACUCAGUUCAUCCACAUCUCCAAUGAAGCCGACAAGCUCAAGUCUGAAAUGCACACCCUCAGGGCACUCAUGUCCGAACUCACCGGCGUCCUGUCGCAUGCUACCUCUGCGGGCUCGAGCCAGGAGGACCAGACUGCACAACAAUCCCGAAAGCGUCAAAACCGCAGCAGUGUUGCAAACCUGGAAGCUUUGUGGUCCACCCACUUGCAGGCUAUGUGGAAACGUGUCGAGGGCUCUCAAAAGUUCCUUCCUGCUGUCCCCGGCCGUCACAUCGUCUAUGAGUCUGGCCGCUGGCUUGAACUAAACGCUGCCACCUGGAAGCCUCGCCGCCGUCUUCAUGUCAUCCUACUCAAUGACCAUCUACUCCUGGCUAGUGAGAAGAAGCGUUUUGAUCCUCCUGGGAUGAACUCGAGCCCUCAGAGCAAACGUGCUUCGGUCUAUCAGCAGACCCAAACACAGACCCAGCUCGUUGCUGAACGAUGCUGGCCUCUCCAGGAUAUCCACAUGACUGAUAUUUCCACACGUGCUACUGACGAUCGACACAACAUAACCACUGCUCUCAACGUGCGCAUUGGAAACGAAUCUUGGACAUUAGCUUCGUCCAGUGCUUCCGGUGCCGGCCAGGAGGUCAAUUCCUUGCUUGUCCAUUUUCGUAAAUCAGUCGAAGAUCUUCGCAAGACCACGGCGGCAGAUCAAGACCAUCGAGAUCGUGCCAUGGAUGAACUUGCUUUCCUAACAGGCCAAUCUCGAUUCUACAAAAAGGCUUCGACUCAAAACACAGAUAGCACCACCCUAAAUUCUUCCUCGACCCUGAUUGAUGUCGACGGCAAGCAGCAGACUCUGCGUUGGGUCGAGAACCAGGUAGAUGCACUAGAUCUCAACAUAGCUCUGCAACACUUCGACGAUGCUGUCGUGUUAAAUGAGAAGUUGCGCAAACUGGCAAAGAACAUCAAAGGAAACAAUGUUGCUCAAGAUAUUAUUCUCUCAAAGCUAGACCAACGUGGCGCUAAAUUGGCCACCAUGCUGGCCAAGCGGCUCAAGGAUACAAAUUCUGGCGCGGCGGCCACCAAAGAGAAUGUCGGCUGGCUCAUGAGGCUCGGAUAUGAAGAAACGGCUCGAUCUGCCUAUCUAGAAUCUCGUAAGGAGGUUCUACGGAAAAGAGCAAGGUUCGUGGUGCGUGUGCUUGCCUGCUCCCAAUCGCUGACGAUCUUUAGACAAAUUCCUUUUACUGGAUCUUUGCCGCCACACCUGACUUCACUCUCCUAUGUUACGUUCGCGAUCAUCUUGCAUACUUUGCGCACUUUCUCGUCUUCAUUUCCACCCACAUCGUCAUCAGCAGUCGUCAAGUGGGCUAAAGAACGAAUUGACGAAUUUAAUGAAAGCUUGAACCGCCAACUCAGCAGUGUGGAAAGAGGGAGCUCCUUGUGGAAUGAAUGCAUUGAUGUCGUUCGAGAGCAGGCUGCUGUUCUAGGCGAGGCCGGUGUAGAUUUCUCGGGCCUCAUCGCACAAGGCCUCGCACAGCAAACAUGA